UUGGCUUAAAAAUAAUGCCUCCACAGUACCAAAAGCUCUUGACAAUGAUCCGGAAUACUCUGUACUUGAUAUUGGGCCUAAUUAUUGGUGUGCAGCUCACAAGUUUGGUUAGUUUUCUAAAACUUUGGAGGGCUAAUACCGUGAAGGAGGGUGGCAAGGCGUCUCUACUAAAGGAUCCAGUUGCCACUGAGGAACAACUAGCCCCUUUGCUGAGGCGCGAAGUGCGUAUCCUGUGUCUGGUACUAACCAAGCCCUCCCACCAUCGCUCCAAGGCGGAUCUUAUCAAAAGGACUUGGGGAUCCCGCUGUAAUAAGCUGCUCUUUCUGAGCAGCCAGUCGGAUAGGAAGCUGGAUGUGCUCAAGGUGAACAUGUCCGAAAUUCGAGACCACCUUUAUUCGAAGGUGCGCACCGGCAUGAGCUAUGUCCAUGAGCACUAUCUUAAUGAAUUCGAUUGGUUUCUCAAGGCGGACGAUGACACUUACGUGAUAAUGGAGAACCUGCGACUGUUUCUUUAUCCGUAUGAUCCCGAAUCGCCAGUAUACUUUGGUUGUCGUUUGACGGCGUUGUUCACCCAGGGUUACAUGUCCGGGGGCGGGGGCUAUGUGCUCAGCCGCGAUGCACUGCGUCGCCUUAAUUUGUUUGGCAUGAACAGCACCACCACCUGCAAGCUGAACGGGGCCCCCGAGGACAUGGAGAUCGGUCGUUGCCUGCAGGACGUGGGCGUGGUGGCGGGAGACUCACGGGACUUUGAGGGACACCACCGCUUCCUGCCAGUCAGACCCUUACAGUUGUUCCCCAAAUUGCCCAAGGGCCACUGGUCGGAAAAAUUUUUUUAUUUUAAACCCAAUAAAAGCGACUGUUGUUCAAUUUCGGCUAUAACCUUCCAUUAUGUUCGAGAUGUGGAGUUUGAUUUCUUUGAAUUUUUCCUAUAUUAUGUAAAGGUUUUCGGAUUGUAUUUGCCCCAAAGAGCACUCCCAUCACGAUUGAAUUUUCAGCAAACUAAUGAGCGUUUGCAGUUUUGGGCUAAUCAAAAAACUGAUAAUCCAUUCCAUAGCAUAGUUAAAGCUGGAAACUGA